AUGAGGCAAAGAUUGGGACCACAGGAUCCAAAUAGGCGCUCGGUUGAUUCUCCCAUGCAAGCGGCCAGUCAGUCGGGGUCGUCAGGACAUAGCGGGCCUCAAGCGCAUCGACGCCGCCGGGCUCGGGAACCAGCCCGCACGGUCGAGCAAGACGAGACCCGAGGAAUGUUAAACGAUCUUCGAGCAGAAUUCACUCGCUGGCAGAAUGAGCAUGCCUCAAGGCCUCCUCCCGAUCAUACCGCUUCAUUAUUGCGGACACCCUUCACGGUGGAGAUCAUGGCUCAACCUUACCCGCUUGAUUUGCGAAUUCCUGGAAACAAAGAAUAUGACGGCCAGACAGACCCGGAGGUCCACAUCAGCACCUACUAUGGCAAUAUGUUCAUGAUGGGCGUAACUGACGCCGUGAUUUUGGCGACGAAGUUCACUCGGAAGUUUGUCACUUACAAAGUUGUCCGGAAGCCUUACAUGUACCUCGAGAAGGCUAAACAGUUGGAGGGGGAAAGCUUGAUCAAUUUCCUAGUCAAGUGGAAAGCGGCGGUCGGAGAGGUCGAGCCUAUGGACGACCUAACAGCCAUUCACAUGCUACACAUUUCUCUCCGAGCGGGUUAUUUGUAUCCGGAUUUUAUACUCCACCCGCCUACCACCUAUGAAGAAGCGCUCCGAAGAGUGACAGAUUAUGCCAAUGCUGGAGAGGCAAAUGCCGUCAAACGCUCCCAAGAGGUUGGAUCUUCCCGGAAAGCUUCCGGUCGGUCGGACAACCGGUCGGGCGAAGACCAUCCCCGACCACGAGCACGACCGGGAGAUUUCACGGCGUUGAACCGAUCGGCUGCGGAAGCCAUGCAAUACGCCCAGUCCUGCAACCUCAUUCGUCUACCUCAUCCGGGACCGGAUGGGCAGGAUAAGUCGAAACAUUGUGCUUAUCAUCGGUGUGCUGGGCAUGACACGGAGGAGUGCACCCAUCUGAAACAAUUGUUGGAAGAUUUACUCCAGUUGGGGAAGUUGGAUAAGUGUGUGGGGAAGAGAGAAGAGAGCAAAAAACCAUCUGAAAGAAAGGAUCACAGACGCUCCCAUCGCCCUAAUCGAUCAAACCAGGACCGGAGAGAUCAAGACCGGUGGGAUCCCGAUCCACCUUCGAGUGGUCAGCAAGCCUCAAAACCGACAAUCCAUGUUAUAUUCGGGGGCUUGGAAGAUGCUUCCCAAGCUCGAAAUCCUUGCCCGGUCGUGAUCGUCGACUCCCGGGAAACCAGUAAGAGGCAAAAGAUGGAGCCGAUCACCUUUUCUUUGGAAGAUCAACCAGAGAGCGAAGACACCGGGAUGGAGGCGCUUGUUGUUACGAUCGACAUCAUGGGAGUCGACGUACAAAGGGUGAUGGUAGACACCGGGAGCAGUGUUAAUGUCCUUUACUUGGACGUUUUUUAG